GACAGCCAGGGACUGAGGGGGAUGGGCCGGUGGUGGAGGGCUGGACAGGUAGGUACUGAGGGGGGGGAGAAGCAGGAAGGAGUCUUCAGAUCACAGCAGAUCCUCGGUCCCUCAGAAUGGCGCUGUUGGCGGACAGUGAGGUGUUCAGGGCGUUUGCCACUUAUGCCGUAAUUGUCCUGGUGAAGAUGAUGGCGCUGGGUCCGGUGACCGCCUACUACAGAAUCACCCGUAAGGUUUUUGCCAAUCUUGAAGAUGCUGCAGGUAACAGCAGAGGGGGGGACCCGAAAAAAUACAUUCGGACUGACCAAGAUGUGGAGAGGGUGCGCAGGUGUCACCUGAAUGACAUUGAGAACAUCAUCCCAUUUAUUGGUGUUGGCCUCCUCUAUGCGCUCAGCAAUCCCGACCUGUCCAGCGCUCUGCUGCAUUUCCGCAUCUUCACCGUCAGCCGCCUGCUGCACACCGUGUCCUACCUGACUCCUCUGCCGCAGCCCAGCCGCGCGCUUUGCUUUCUGGUUGGGUACCUGGUGACGUUAUCCAUGGCGUUCUUCACUGUGCGCAGUCUGCUCUACAUCUAAGAACGUCUUCUGCAGGGAAGGCGGAGUUUACCAUAAGCCCGCCCCCUCGGGGCCAAGAAGCCAUACGUUUUUGUUUAAGGCAUUAGUAAUAAAGUUGGUUUCCAGUAAUAACGCGA